ACAUACUGAUCCGAGGAUCAGCUGGAAAGCAGCAAUAAACAGGAAAAUCUGCAGCAAAGGGAAAAAAAAGAAAAGAGGAGGAAGACGCUGCAGAUGUAAUAAAAAAGAAACAUCAGUGUAAAUUUCUUACACGAAGCCCUUCUUCUGAGAAGAAAGCCUUUUUAUUUUUGUAUAUUAGUGUUUUAACUACCUCAGAUAAAGGCUAUAUCUAAAGCUAUGCUUUAAGAGCUGUCCUUUCUACUGUGUUUUCACACCUCGUUUACAACUUGAACUCAAAGGCGGGCCUUUGUUCCAAACCAAGUGAAACCUUACAUUUGCACUACUGAAGUCCCUCCCGCUUUGAUUUGUCAAAUUCAAGAUCAAGCACAGGGCUUAAGUGGAAACAAGAACUUCAGGCAGAAGAUCAGCAUUACAAAACCGCUAUUACACCGAUAGAAAUAAAACAGAAAAGGCAGCUAUUACAUAUUAUUUCUUUUUGGAGAGCUCAUAGCACAUCCCAGACAGCAACACUUGACAAUACAAGCAGCAAUGUUUCAGCGUCUGAGCAACUUGUUGUUUGGGGAGGUGGAAGAGGUGGCAGCUGAUCUGAAGGGACCCAAUCCAUGUGUGACCGAGGCCGACGAGGAGGGCUGGAUGCUCGUCAACCUGCCCGACUGUGACAGCAUGAUGCAGGUAGAGGAUGAGAUGGGAACCCCACACACUGCGCAAGCCUUACCUCAGAGUAAUCUAUCAGAUCACCGAAACACACAAAGAAGUACUGAUUGCCCAGCCUCCACACCCCAUCUGCCUCAUAAGCGUCGUAGACCACAUAAAGGACAGACACGGGGUCCAGCAGUCCCAUCGGAGGCCCUGUCUUGUCCCAGCGCUAGUCCACCACAUUUAGGUGCCACCACGCCUGUGAGUCUACCGAGACGGGCCAGACUGUCCACGCCCUCCUCCACCCCGUCAAUAUCUCCAGGCUCUGGGAGCGAUUGUGGGGGCAGUAGGUCAGGCUCAGAGAGAGGCUGCAUGGAUGAGAGCUGGUUUGUCACCCCUCCCCCCUGUUUCACUGCAGAAGGAGCCACGGCGGAGACCAGCCCCAUGGAGGACCUGCUCAUAGAACAUCCCAGCAUGUCGGUUUACGUUUCCCCCAACAACAUGUCCAUGCUCUCCAGCAGCAACCUGUCUGUGGUUGGGGAGGAGAGCAUAGUCAGCCUAGCGAGCAGUGCCAGCAGAGUGACUGAACCAGCAGCUCCCCCUGCUACACGUGGCACCAUGCCCACCAGGGUGAGUCGUGGAGCAGCUGCACAGGCUGGGGCUUUGGCCAAGGUCACCCAGGUGGCCAGGGUCCAGCGUUACAAAGCUCGCAUGGAGCGGCGCCACAUGAGCCGCAGCCACAUUCAGCGACAGAACCGUGUGAGGGAGCAGGUCCCUCGUCAUGCUUCGCACGCAAGAAACACCUACCUUCACCAGCCCAGCAAGCGUAACUUCUGUCACUAAGCUAAACAUCAAAAAUGAGAGGGGGGCUUCAUUUACUCUGGGGGCAUUCAUAGUGCAGAGUCAAACAUAGUUAAACAUGUCCACCCACAGCAUUGUCAGCUUCCAUUUUCAGUAAUAAUGUCAGUUUUUACGUUUCUAAAGAGGUCUAGGGAGUCUGUUUGUUUCAGCACAAACUGACUCCAUUUUCACCCAGCCUGCACCUUCUUAAUGUAGACCUUUACAGACCAUAAUAACAGCCCCCUUAUUGUCCACCAGAAUAAGAAAAAAAUAAAAGAUUAAUUUUUCAAGCUACAUGUAGUUAUAUUAACACUUGGAAAAUAGCAAUAGUUGAGUUGUAUUCAUUUUCUUUAACAUUUUAAAAACAUAUGACUCUCCCAAAAAAUAUACAACUGUGGUGUCAUCACAUGGAAUAAAAAAAAGACCAAAAUAGCCACUUUCUUUGUACCCCAACUGGACAGUAUGUUUGCAAAUCUACAAAACAGGAUGAGGGUUUUAAUUAUUUGAGUUUUACUCAGAAAACACAGUAGAAAAAAAGGCAAGAACGAUAGAAGAAUAAGCUCAAGUUGGUUUCCUUGCAAAGUUGCUUAACUAAAAAAGCGUUUCACCAGAGGAAACAACAAGCUCUCUUCUUUGCCUUGUGCAGAAUGCAACAGCAUGUAGGAGAUUGUGAAAGUAUGUGCAAAACAGACUAAAGAGUAAAAGAAUCUCUCAGAGCAGGAUUUUAGAAAAGGGAGAGUCAACCCUCAGAGCAGCCGGUAAGAAUCCUUCCAUUUACGGCUAAUCUUUGGGUUACAGGGUAAGGAAGAUAUGGUGAGGUCACUCGGUAUUGAAGGGGACUCUUUAUUUUGUUUUGUCAGCAUCAAUUUCAUUGUGUUUGUCUGUGAAAAGCAGUUUAGAUACGCCAACUUUUUGGAUGAUUUCUAUCAAGAGAGCAAAUUUAACUGUUUCUGCUCAGUUGGAAAAAGAAAUCAGGCAUUUUAAGUCAACAAACCAAUUUUUCCAGCAGCAAUAUGUGCUAUGAAUUUAUAAUAUUGACAUAUUUAUAGAAGAGAUCCUCAGUGCCCUGCGGAAGACACAGACUGCUUGGCGUUUUUGAAAUUUUGUCACAUUACCACCAUAAGCCACAAAGAUUUUUGUUGAAAUUUUAAGUGAGAGACCAACUAGAAGUAACGUGUAAUUGUGAAGUGGAGGGAAACUUGUACAAGUUUGAAAUCUUCAAGGGAGAUUUGUGUUUGAAUUCGUCCACUUAAAUCGUCUAUAGAACUCGCUUUUGGAGAUUUUACAGCUUUAAGUCUUGGGGGUGCAUGUCGUCAUCCAUCUUCUCCCAUUCUUCACUGCUAAAUAUUUCCCUUUCAGUAAGCUUUGCAGAGUGUCUGUGAACGUCUUGUUGCAGUUUUUCCCUCAUAAAGUCUUGCCUGUGACUGGUUCAUUCUAAAACAUUAUUCAAAUGUUCACAUUGAGGUGGAGUUUGCAGUUUUCCUACACCUUCCCUUUUUAGGAUUGGUGGUGUGAACUGUGCUCUAGAUGACUUUUUAAAAGUGGGGUACUCCUUUAUAACUUAACCUGGUUUUAAACUUUUCAAAAACACAACCCGUGUGCUGUGUUCCUUGGUCUUUAUGGUGCUGUUUGUUCACUACUGUUCUCUAAGCAAGUUCUUAGGCAAACACAGAAUGGCUGUAAUUAGAAAGAGAUUAGAUUGCAUAUAAAUAGGUUUUUUGUUUACUAAUAAAAGAGAAUCUAAAGACAAAUGGUUGCUCUGGAAAUUUUUGGAGGAAUACUAUUUACACGCCUCAUUCUUCAAAGGUUUUAAUAAUGAUAAUAAUAAAAACAAAACAUUCAUCCUUGAUUUUUCUUCCAUUUUAUAAUCAUGCUAUAGCUUUCGGUGGUCAGAAAAUUACAAUUACAUAUCUUGAAGGUUGUGGUGGUGAUGUGACGGAGCAUGAAUAAGUUCCCUUGUAAGGUACCAUGUUAAAGGAAAGAGAAGCUUUCUGUAUGUCAUAGAGUAAAACGCCAUCCAUCAGUAAAUCCAAAGCCAACAUCUCUACAGCAACCGCUCCAUAAAUGUCCCGCCGUUAUGUCGCUUUCACAUCCAGCUCUAACAUAGUCCUCUUUUAGGAUCUGGCUUACUGAUAUGUAUUCAACGAUAUUAAACAAUGGUGCUGAAGUGUAUACUGAUGUUUGUAAAUUAUUUUAAAACGUGGAUGUAAGUUUGCACUGUCAGAUAUUGUUUGGGUCAAAGUUUUAGCAGUGUGCUGUGUGCUUUUCUUUUCCUGAUUUACUUUUCGAUUUUACUUUGGUUAAUUUUUUUUUUCUUUUUUGUUUGGAUCUUAAAGUGUGAGAAGGUGUACUGGCACACUCAAUGCUAGCAGCUUUCCUAAACGGGGGGAAAUACUAACAUAAAUAAUGAUAAAAAAAAGUUUCUCUUGUAAAUAUUAGAACAUUAUUUACAGCUCUCCUUUAUAGAUGUCAAAGUGUCUCAAGACUUGAGUCCACGACAUCCCGUCCAGUUGGAACUGAGAGGCGGUGAGGCCAGAAGUGGUCGCAGAAUAACCCCCCAAAAGCAGCACUGAGUCAGAGUGAAUGUGCCAUAGGCAAACCUUGGCCUACAGAGGGCAUUGUCACACAGCACCUGCUGAGUUAAUGGUGAUGACAUCACAGCAACAAAGAGGUGGUUUGAAAAGAUGUCUGCUGGAGUGUUCAAGAGAAAGAUUGUCUGUGGGCUCAUUUCUGAUUGUUUGAAUGAGUGAUUUUUUUCUUAUGUACUUUUUGGUUUCCUUUGAUCCUAUGAAUGAUAAACUCUGUGCACCCACAAGUAAAAAAAUUUAUUAAAUCCCUUUUUUUUUUUGUUUGCUUUAAAAAUAACUAUGAUGUAAUCAUUUAUAUCCUCUACAAUGCAGAGCAUAUGAGGCAUUGAUCCCACACACACAUACAUGAAGUGAUGCCUUUAUGGCCACCAACAGUAUUCCAAGUCUUACUUUUCUGUGCCUGGGAGGUAGAUUAUGUUCUUCGGUUGCAAAAAUAAAAUAAAAAACUUAACAAAAACGAAACAAUAAUGAAAAAUCACGUGUUCAAGUUUGCAAAAUCAAUACAGAUGUCUCUGCAGUUGGAAACGUUUUAUUAUCUUUUAUUUUAUUAUCCCCUU